CUCGACAAGAAAGAGGAGGUUUGCAUUUUACCUCUGAUGUCCCAAUCGAAGCUUUCUCUGUAAUAAUCACUGUAACACAUCGGUGGAUGGCUCCACUAAACAAAUCCAAGAAGACUAAGAAAGAUUCAAAGAAGUUGAAGAAAAUAAAAGGCAAAAUCAAGAAAGACAAAUCCAUCAACAUUGUUCCUGUUGAGAACAAAAUCACUGAAUGCGAUUGGUGGGAUAGUUUCUGGCACAAGAAUUCACCAACCCCAGGUUCUGGUGUACCAUGUGAUGAAGAGGAAGGUUUCAAGUAUUUUUUCCGUGUUUCAAAGAAGACUUUUGAUUACAUAUGUUCACUUGUAAGGGAGGACCUUAUCUCAAGACCUCCUUCAGGUCUCAUAAACAUUGAGGGAAGGCUUCUUAGUGUUGAGAAACAAGUUGCAAUUGCGUUGCGAAGGUUGGCUUCUGGUGAAUCCCAAGUUUCAGUUGGGGCAUCAUUCGGAGUUGGGCAGUCCACUGUGUCUCAGGUUACCUGGAGAUUCAUUGAAGCACUGGAAGAACGUGCAAAGCACCAUCUUAAUUGGCCAGGACCUAGUAAGAUGGAAAAAAUCAAGUCUGAAUUUGAAAAAUCAUUUGGUUUACCUAACUGUUGCGGAGCAAUUGAUGCAACUCACAUCGUAAUGACCCUUCCCGCUAUUCAAACCUCGGAUGAUUGGUGUGAUCAGGAAAACAAUUACAGCAUGCUUUUGCAAGGCAUCGUGGAUAACGAGAUGCGUUUUUUAGAUAUUGUGACAGGCUGGCCUGGGGGUAUGACCACUUCAAGGCUGUUCAAGUGCUCAGGAUUUUACAGACUCUGUGAAGGUGGUGAUCGUUUAAAUGGAAAUGUUUCUGAAGGAGCAGAAAUUAGAGAGUACAUUAUAGGAGGUUUUGGUUACCCUCUUCUUCCAUGGCUUAUUACACCUUAUGAAGGUGAUGACGACGAGUUCUCGGAUUCUGUGCUGGAUUUCAAUGCAGUGCAUGAGACUGCAAGGUCAGUCGCGGUAAAAGCUUUCUCGCAAUUGAAGGGAAGUUGGAGAAUCCUUAAUAAGGUUAUGUGGAGACCUGAUAAACAGAAACUACCUAGUAUCAUCCUCGUGUGUUGUUUACUUCAUAAUAUUAUUAUUGAUUGUGGAGACAAAUUACAUCCUGACGUUGCCGUAUCUGGUCAUCACGACCCAGGAUAUGAGGGACAGAGCUGCAAGCAGAUCGAAUCAAUGGGGAGAUUAACAAGGGACAAAUUGACUAAACACCUACAGAUUACCAAAAAAGGAGGCUCGAUGUAAAUGAUCGUCUAAACUGUUUCACAUGUCAUUUAGUACUGCAAAAAACUUCUUGAAUUUCGAACUCUAAGGAAGGAGUACUCACAGCUAAGAUUAAGCCAAUUUCAAUGCUGCCAAAGACAACGCCAAUAUAUGCACUUAUGCAAACCAAGAAGUCGAAUUUGUCGACAUGCCAGAGAUGAAUGGCGGCAUUAUAGUCGAUGAGGCCGAGCAUGGCAGCGAUUAUAAUGGAAGACAACACGACGAGUGGAGUGAAGUGGAACAAUGGUGUUAGCAACAACAAUGUCACCAUCACAGCCAAUGCCAUGACGAUGUUUGAUACUGCUGUUUUGCAUCCUGCGUUGAAGUUCACUGCUGAUCGCGAAAAUGGCCCUGCACGUACGGUCAUUUUUUGUAUUAGAGAGUCAUCCCAAACAUAUAAAAAGAGUUUUAACUUCUAUACGCUACUAGCCUUUACAUUAUGGUUGUCACUUGUCAUGUGUUAAACUUGGACUUGCUACGACAUUUAUCUAUGAAUUUAUAUUUGUCCAAGGUGAAAACACUGAACGAAAGACGUGCCUUAUCCUA